AUGCACACAGGAGGGGCCACCGAGGGUGGGGCUGCGGCGGGCCGGGAGGGCGCCCCCCUUCCCUCUGCCCUGCGGUGCUGUUGCCCCCACGCCCCUCCUCCCCCUCCUGCAGCGAUCCCACCUUGCGGGGUCAUCGUGCACCCCGCAGCACCCAAGUCCAGUGCCAUCGUGGACAGGGCCUGCCGGCUCCCCGGCGCCUUCGGCCUCCUGCAGCAGCUGCCCCUCCUUCUUCCUGUUGCCCGCCCACCCCCUGAUGCCAGCGGCUGGGUGGAUCCUGCCGGGGGGAUCUGGUUUUGUGGAGGGGUCAUGUGCCCUGGUCCAGCAGGGGGCGAGGGAGCCAUCGCUGGGAAGUGGUGGGCCGGCGGCAGCAGGGCAGGGUGCGCGGCUUUCUCCGUCGAGAGCCUGCUUGGGACGAUUUGUGUGCGCCGCGGUGCUGGGCCGGGGAAGAUCCCUAGCCCGGGGAGGGGGAGAGUUGUGCAACGGCGGCCGCUGCUGCAGACGUCUGGCAGGCUGCUGGGCUUGGCUCGGCUGGGAUCAAAGCGCAAAGACCCUCGGUCGCCUCGCCCGCGAGUGCGGCUGAAGACCCCGGGCGGGGGCGGGCGGAGGAGCCGGUGCGACGCCUGGAGGAUGGUGAAGCUGCAGCCGCUCCCCAACGCCACUUCCAGGUGGAAGGAGCCCAGCGGUGGGUUUCUGUCCAGUGGGUGGUACUACGCAAAUCAGACAUUGCUCUUAGGCAUUGUGUUGGCAAUCGCAGGAAACUUUCUCAUCAGCAUCUCUUUGAAUCUGCAGAAAUAUUCUCAUGUUCAGCUGGCACGCUUAGCCAAUCAGAAGCCCAUUUACCGAAGCAAACUCUGGUGGUGCGGAAUUAUUCUUAUGGGGAUUGGAGAAAUAGGGAACUUUGCGGCUUAUGGAUUUGCUGCAGCCAUGCUUGUUGCUCCACUGGGAAGUGUGGCUGUCAUAGGUAGUGCACUUAUAUCUGUCUUGUUUCAAAAAGAGAACACGAGGGCUGAAGGUGUAUUAGGUGGAACUCUGAUAAUCGCAGGAACAUUUUUGUUGGUGACAUUUGCUCCUCACGUUGCCCAGGAACCCACAGCAAGAAGCAUACAGAGUUAUUUAGUUAGCUGGCAGGUCCUGAUUUAUGUGAUCUUGGGAGUAAUAACAUUCUGCAUUCUUCUGUAUUUCUAUAAAAGAAGGGAUGUGAAGCACGUUGUGGUUUUGUUAACUAUGGCAGCACUGCUAGCGUCUCCAACCAUCAUUUCUGCAAAGGCUGUGGCGACCUUGGUUAUACUUUCUGUUAAGGGAAACAUGCAGCUCACCUACCCCAUUUUCUAUCUCAUGUUCAUCAUAAUGGUUCUGUCUUGUGUUUUCCAAGUCAAGUUCUUGACCCAAGCAGAGAAACUCUAUGGAGCAACAGUAGUGGUUCCAAUAAACUAUGUAUUCUUCACCAUUAGCGCAAUCGUGACAGGAGCCAUAUUUUAUCAGGAACUCCAAGGUGUGAGUUUGUUGAGUGGUUUCAUGUUUCCGUGUGGGUGUCUUCUGUCAUUCGUUGGAGUAUUUUUAAUCACCCAAAAUAGAGGCAAGGAACAUUUGACAAGUUUUUAUAUAGACUCUGGACACAUUUCUGGACUGACGACGAGGAGAGGGAAAAUCCAGCCAGAGUCAACCAGCUUAUCCUAUGGCUCUUUGCUUAAUGAAGGUGAGUCUGUAAAGACUCAAAACUAAAAGGAAAGAGCAUCUAUUAAAUGUCAGUUAACAAGAGAAACUGCUUAUUUAUUGGCUUCAUAUUCAACACCACCCUUUUAUUACUCAUGCUCAUUGUGCGUCAAGUUAUUUCAUCCUGACAGCUCUUGUGGUGAUUUAAUCCUGUUUGAGGAUCC